AUGUCGCUCCCUGGACGCAGGCCCUGGGCUCUGCCCUCCUUCUGCUUCUAUGUUCUGGUCCUGGCCUGGGUUGUGGCAUGCCAGCAGGAAGUGCCUACAGGAUCCCCAAGUCCCCCGCCAGGGCGGGCCAGUGGUCUCUGGGGCCUGGUGCGGGGCAAGGUGAAGGAGUUCAUGGAGCCGCUGGUGACCAAGACCAGAGAGAGGUGGCGGUGGUUCUGGGGCCCCUCGGCCUUCCGGGACUUCAUGCAGACCUACUAUGAUGACCACCUGAGGGACCUGCGUCCCCGCGCCCAGGCCUGGCUCCGCAGCUCCAAGGAGAGCCUCCUGAACAAGGCCUACAACAUGUGUCCCCAGCUCCUCUGCGGGGACAGGGACCAGGGUUAAACUGUUCACA